CCGCGUGCGGGGAGCGGGCCGGCCGCGCGUGCCCUCCGGGAGGAGCCGCGGGCCUCGGGAGCGCAGGAGCCAGGGACGGCCGGGAGUCGGAGGUCCAGGCCCGGUCACGCGGGCGCCUUGGACGCCCGCGGCCCAGCAACCACCGAGUCCAUUUGCAGCGGGGGCGUGUGUCCCUCCCUCGGAAGUGUGCUGGUCGGAGGGGCGGAGGAGGCGGGGGCGUCCUCCGUUGGAGCGCGAUGCCCACCCGGACGCGGCUGGGCGGGAGCGCCGCACCCUCCCCAGUGCGGAGGGGCCUCGGAGAGCCGCCAGCUAGAGCGCGAUGCUCCAGACGGAGAUGCGGCCGGGUGCCAUCCAAUUACAGUGGGAGAUGCAGCUGUCACCCAGGCCGGAGGAUUCCUGUCGCCAUGAUCACUGCCUUUCCUUCCUGUGCUGAGACAGGAUGGGAAAUCUUGCUCAGAAAUCACUUUGUUGAUAGACUCAAAAAUUACUAUCAGGCCGCCUCUAUGUUUACACGUCUGCCCGAGGUGCCGUUUGGCAGAGGUUUGGGAAAGUGGAGGGCUGCUGAGCUGUUUUUGGAAAGAAGAAACAUGGAAAGUGGUGCAGUUCUGCUGGAAUCCAAAUCCUCACCAUUCAACCUUCUGCAUGAAAUGCAUCAGCUGCGCCUUCUUGGUCACCUGUGUGAUGUGACUGUCAGUGUGGAGUACCAGGGUGUCCGCGAAGAGUUCAUGGCUCAUAAGGCUGUGCUGGCAGCCACCAGCAAGUUCUUUAAAGAAAUGUUUCUUAACGAGAAGACUGUGGAUGGUACGAGGACUAAUGUCUACCUAAAUGAAGUGCAAGUUGUUGACUUUGCUUCAUUUCUUGAGUUUGUCUACACUGCGAAGGUACAGGUAGAGGAAGAUCGGGUGCAGCGAAUGCUGGAAAUGGCCGAGAAACUGAAAUGUCUGGACUUAUCGGAAACUUGUUUUCAGUUGAAGAAGCAGAUGUUAGAGUCGGUACUUCUGGAGUUGCAGAACUUCUCUGAGUCACAGGAGGCAGAAGGGAGUAGUGGCUCCCAAGCCACCAUUGUCCCUGACCCCAGGGCAAGUCCCACUGUGGACAGUCCUCUUGCUAACGGCCUCGGGGAUUCCUCAGAUCCCCCAGCAGAGACAAUCAGCAAUGGUGUGUUGCCAGAUAUGCCCCCCAGGAAGUCCAAGGAGAAACCAGACAAGAAAAAAGAUGCAGUCAAGCCUCCCUACCCAAAAAUCAGAAGGGCCAGUGGAAGGCUGGCUGGAAGAAAGGUGUUUGUGGAAAUCCCUAAAAAGAAAUACACAAGAAGGCUCCGGGAGCAGCAGAGAAGUGCCGAGGACAACAUGGGGGACUACUGCAGCCCCCAGGACCCUAACCCGGAUGCCAUGGGUGCAGAAAUGGAGCCCGUCACAAAACAUGAAGAAUGUGGCACGGCAGUGGAGGCAGUGCAGGUGCUGCCAAAAGUGGGUGGCCGGGAGGAUGCAGGCCGUCGGGAGGAGGACGAGGACGAGGAUGAGGAGAGUGAGAAGAGGAAGAGCAACUUCAAAUGCACUAUCUGCGAGAAAGCCUUUCUUUAUGAGAAGAGCUUCCUGAAGCACAUCCGGCACCAUCACGGAGUGGCCACUGAGGUGGUUCACCGCUGCGAUACGUGCGGCCAGACCUUUGCCAACCGCUGCAACCUCAAGAGCCACCAGCGCCACGUGCACAGCAGCGAGCGCCACUUCCCAUGCGAGCUAUGCGGCAAGAAGUUCAAGAGGAAGAAGGACGUCAAGCGGCACGUGGUGCAGGUGCACGAGGGUGGCGGCGAGCGACACCAAUGCCAGCAGUGCGGCAAGGGCCUGAGCUCUAAGACGGCGCUGCGGCUGCAUGAGCGGACGCACACGGGCCACAAGCCGUAUGGCUGCACCGAGUGCGAGGCCAAGUUCUCUCAGCCCUCGGCGCUGAAGACCCACAUGAGAAUUCAUACAGGGGAAAAACCUUUUGUCUGUGAUGAAUGUGGUGCAAGAUUCACUCAGAACCACAUGCUGAUUUAUCAUAAAAGGUGUCACACAGGUGAAAGACCUUUUAUGUGUGAAACAUGUGGCAAGAGUUUUGCUUCUAAGGAGUAUUUAAAACAUCACAAUAGAAUCCAUACUGGAUCCAAACCCUUUAAAUGUGAAGUUUGUUUCAGGACUUUUGCCCAACGGAAUUCACUCUACCAGCAUAUUAAAGUCCAUACAGGGGAACGUCCUUACUGCUGUGACCAGUGUGGUAAGCAGUUUACCCAGCUCAACGCUCUCCAGCGUCACCAUCGCAUCCACACAGGGGAGAAGCCGUUCAUGUGUAACGCGUGCGGGCGGACGUUUACUGACAAGUCCACUCUGCGGCGGCACACCUCGAUACAUGAUAAGAAUACUCCAUGGAAGUCUUUCCUUGUUAUUGUAGAUGGCUCACCCAAGAAUGAUGACACACACAAGACUGAACAGCCGGACGAAGAAUACACACCAUCCAAACUUUCAGAUAAGUUGCUGUCUUUUGCAGAAAAUGGCCAUUUUCACAACCUAGCCACAGUCCAAGCUAGUGUACCUGCCGUGCACGAGAACAGUUCUGCAGACACGGCUUGCAAGUCAGAUGAUUCUGUGGUGUCUCAGGACGCUCUGCUGGCCACCACCAUCAGUGAGCUUAGUGAGCUGACUCCACAGACAGACCCGAUGCCCACACAGCUUCACUCUCUGACCAACAUGGAAUGAAAGCUUGGAGUCACCUGCCAAGCAGAUCCUACGCUGCGUCUCUGUGUGAGUGAUCACUGUACACAAGUUAGCAUCGGGGGCCAAGACCAAGAACUGUGUGGGCAAAAUGGGCAAGAAUAGCUUCUGCACAUUUUCCUGAAUCUCUGCUAACUUGCACGUCUUUAUCAAAGCAUUUUUAGAGCUUUCCCUUAAAAAUCCCAGUCUGCAUGACCUCAGCUACACUUGAUCAAGAAACAAGGCAGUUAACAUGACCUCACUUAAUCCUGGUGCAGGUUGUAUGCAUAACCGUUCUAUUGCUUGUCUUGAUGUGUAUGAAGUUUGGACAACUACAUAACUAUAGAUCCAGAGCCCUGGCCCAGCUCUUAAAGUUAGUGUUCGUGGUCUCCCUGGUCUCUCAGCCUGCCUUACACUUCAGUAUGGGUUUAUUACUCUGAUACCUUUAGGCUAUUAGCUGAAAUAAAACUGGGACCAUGUUUUCAACUCUUUCCUAUUAAACUGAAGCAAGUCUGAUUUGCUCUGGGGACCCUUGAAUGGGACUGAAGAAAUGGACAGUUGCAUCCAUUCCCUUCCACCUCUUGUUUGUAGGCACUGAAGAAGAAAUGACAAAUUGAACGCUUGCAGAAUGGCUUAGUAUACUCUCUACUUACAGCACAUAUGCAGCUAGGAAAUCGGUCCUGGAAUAACUGCUAAAAUGAAAUGUGGCUGGUGGGUUUCAUUCCUAAAAUCUGAUUAGGUAAAAGCUGUCCUACCAAAGAUUCUAGCAGCAAAUGGUAUAGUUGUUUUACAGAGGCGUAAAAGAUUAAGCAAGAGGAGUUAGAACACUUGAAACAUCAUGUAGUCCUUUUAUUCACAAGUAGCAAUGAGGUGGUCUGGCACAUCUUAGAACACAGAGUGUUAGUAUUUUUGGCUAGGUAUUCUUGACUGACUCCGUGAUGUUCAGAAACCCAGAAUUUCUCAUUCAUGUAUCAAGAGCUUGACACAGACAAGUAAUUCCCAGAGUUUCCUUGGGAGCACGUGAGCAUGUAGCAGAAGGGACCAAAGGUUUGGAACUUGUCUUUGAUUAUGCCUUAAGAGUGGAUUGUGAAGAACCAGUAACUUUGUCUUAUGUGCUUCUGAGGCUGACUCGUGCUGGCCUUGUGCUCAAAAUGAAUUUGCAAUGAAGAUAACUCUGCUGUAUUUGCUAAGCCUGACCUUGGUUCCAGUGGCUUGGGUAUGUUGCCACACGCUAAGUGCUUUGAUUCAUGUGUAACCCUAAACAUGCUAAUUUAAAAAGAGAACCCUGAAGAAUUCUUUUAUUAGUUGCUAUUUUUCCUACAUUUUAAUUUAUUAAACUUGCUGUGAAAACAUACACACUUUCUAAGAGAAAGGCAGUUUAUCCUGAGUUCCAGAAUGAAGUCACACCUGCACUAUGCCAGAGACUAAUGCAGGAAGACAUUCUCCCUAAAUGCUUACUUUGUUCUAACUUGUGACAUGUUAAACACGAAAGCCACUCUGAGAUGUUUUAGGUGCUGAUAAAAUGUUUCACACUUGCUCUUGAAAAUCACAGUACUGAAUUUUCAAUGAUAACAUAUCGUGGUUGUGUUUAUAGAAUAAAAGUGAUGUCACACAACCAAUUUUGUUCUCGGUAAGAGAAUGAGCCUGCCCAGCUGAUGUACUGUUUCAUGGGAUAAAGUCAUCUUAAUGAGAAGGAAUUUAAAUAAUAGAUUAUUUUGUUACCUACUGGAAGAAAUUUUGUCUUGAAUUUGUUUCUUUAGAAAUUCUACAAAAAGUCAUUUACUGUGUUAAUAAAUGUUUGCUUUGUAAAAA